UAAACAACCACAAAAUACGGGAAAAUGCGUCGAAAGCGUCUGAAAUGUGACAGCUAGCCUUCGCUUUGUGCGCCCGUCGCUGCUUUUAGCGCGUCUCGCUGCGUUCACGACGCCGACGGUGGCGUUGGGACGCGUCCGUAGCCGGCUUCGCAGCGCUAACGUUUAGCCGACCGGCGGCACCUUUCCGGCGCGAUUCUCCUCAUUAGAAGCGGGCUCGUGUCAUUUUGCGUUCGGUUCAAAUAAACGCAGCUGCACGUGCACUCGCGGUCACGCACGCUGCGGUGUAGUUCAACAGGAAGGGGCGGCGGGAAGGAGGAGCCGCUGCUGCGGUACAACUUUUAGUUUCCCCCCCUCCAUUUCCUCGUCUUCCCCCUCGCUGCCCUGCUCUGGUCCGACUCGCGCAUCUCUCCGGGACGUUAAACUUCCAUAAAGCCCCAAACAUGUACCGGUAUUUCGGAGAGCUACUCACCCGGGGAGCGGGCACCGUCCUGGCCUCGGGCUGCUCCGCCGCUGCCGCCGCUGACUCGGCUCUCCCGGCGUCCGCGUCUCUCCUGCGGUACCGCGGCUACAGCCAGGCCGUGGACCGGGACGACGACCCCAACUUCUUCACCAUGGUGGAGGGCUUCUUCGACCGGGGAGCUGCUAUCGUUGAGAACAAGCUGGUGGAGGACCUGAAGACCCGCGAGAGCCCCGAGCAGAAGAUGAAGCGAGUCCGCGGGAUCCUGCGGAUCAUCAAGCCGUGUAACCACGUCCUGAGCGUCAGCUUCCCCAUCAAGAGAGACAACGGCGAGUGGGAGGUGAUAGAGGGUUACCGGGCUCAGCACAGCCAGCACAGGACGCCCUGCAAGGGAGGUAUCCGUUACAGUACAGAUGUGUCUGUAGAUGAGGUGAAAGCUCUGGCCUCGCUGAUGACAUACAAAUGUGCCGUCGUCGAUGUGCCAUUUGGUGGAGCCAAAGCCGGAGUGAAGAUCAACCCAAAGAACUACUCUGACACUGAGCUGGAGAAAAUCACCAGGAGGUUUACUAUCGAGCUCGCCAAGAAGGGCUUCAUCGGGCCUGGUAUCGAUGUUCCCGCUCCGGACAUGAGCACCGGGGAGAGGGAGAUGUCCUGGAUCGCAGACACCUUCGCCACUACCAUGGGACACUAUGACAUCAACGCUCACGCCUGCGUCACCGGGAAGCCCAUCAGUCAGGGGGGAAUCCACGGUCGGAUCUCCGCCACCGGUCGAGGAGUUUUCCACGGCAUCGAGAACUUCAUCAACGAGGCGGCCUACAUGAGCCAGCUGGGGAUGUGUCCCGGUUUCCAGGACAAGACCUUCGUCAUCCAGGGUUUUGGUAACGUGGGUCUCCACUCCAUGCGUUACCUUCAUCGUUUCGGAGCAAAGUGUGUCGGAGUCGGAGAAAUGGACGGAAGCAUCUGGAACCCCAACGGCAUCGACCCCAAAGAGCUGGAGGACUACAAACUGGCCAACGGGACCAUUGUGGGUUUCCCAAACUCGACGCCGUACGAAGGGAGCAUCCUGGAGGCCGACUGCGACAUCCUGAUCCCAGCCGCCAGCGAGAAACAGCUGACCAAAAGCAACGCACACAAGAUCAGAGCCAAGAUCAUCGCAGAAGGGGCCAACGGACCGACCACGCCCGAGGCCGACCGCAUCUUCCUGGAGAGAAACAUCAUGGUGAUCCCGGACAUGUAUCUGAACGCCGGUGGUGUGACGGUUUCGUACUUUGAGUGGUUGAAGAAUCUGAAUCACGUCAGUUACGGUCGACUCACCUUCAAGUACGAGAGAGACUCCAACUACCACUUGCUCAUGUCGGUCCAGGAGAGUUUAGAGAGAAAGUUUGGGAAACACGGCGGCUCCAUUCCCAUCGUCCCCACCUCUGAGUUCCAGGCCAGGAUCUCUGGAGCAUCUGAGAAGGACAUCGUUCACUCAGGUCUGGCCUUCACUAUGGAGCGCUCUGCCAGGCAAAUCAUGCGAACGGCCAACAAGUACAACCUGGGCUUGGAUCUGCGGACGGCGGCGUACGUCAACGCCAUCGAGAAGGUCUUCAAGGUUUACAGCGAGGCUGGCCUCAUCUUCACGUAGACUCACCUCCAUCCACCUCCAUGUCUGUCUGUUACCUGUCUGCCUGUUACCCGUCUGUCUUCCAUCACCUCUGCAGGAUCUCUUCAACACUUCACUUUUCAAACCGACUCCAGCAUUUACGCAGCAGCAGCAGCGUGAAUGAAAAGGCUGAAAGUCUGUCUCUGUGUUUCGGUUUCUUUGUUUCGUUGCGGUCGUUCCUGCUCCUCAACACACCUGUUUACGAUCCUCCUCUCUCCACAAAUUAGAGAUAAACCACAGAAACUUGGAGUUGGCAGCUUUGAAACGGGCUCAAUCACUGCUAUGCUGCUUUCUGAUGAAUCCUACAGCUUCUUUAUGCACAUAUCAACCCAAAUAUAUAGAGAAACUAUUUAAAUAAAUAAGCCUUAAUACCACAGAAAAAAACGUGUCACCAUUUGCCUGCGAUACACUAUGUGGCCAAAGGUAUGUGCUAAACAAAAUGAUGUUUUUCCUCUUUUUCCAUCAAUCUUUGCUUUUCUCUUGUGGUUUACUGGAUGAUUUUAGCUGUUUCAGGCCUUUCAACAUGAAUUCAAGCAAAACAAGUGACAUGAAUCUUUAAACUGGCUGGACUGAACAGCUGACCGAAAAUUAAUCUAUAAUUCUGAGAAUCAACUUAGUGUUUGAGCCAAAAUGGCAAAAACUGUCUGGUUCCAGCUUCUGAAACGUGAAUAUUUUCUGUCUUUCUUCGUCUUUUGUGACAUUAAACUGAAUGUCUUUGGGGUUUUGGGCCGUUGAUUGGACAAAUCAAAGACGUGUGAAGACGUUGCCUUCAACUGUGAGAAAUUAUAAUCGGAAUCUUUCACUAGAGCUGCAACUAAUGAUUAUUUUCAGAUAAUUACCGAUUAUUGUCUUGAUGAAUCAUUUAGUAAAUAGUAAAAAAAAAAAAAAAGUCUGUCACUGUUGCCCCAGAGUCAGAGACGACGUCUUCAGGUAUCUUCUCCAGCUGAGAGGUUAAAACCCAGACAAAUUCAGUUUAUAUCCCCAGAGUUCAGUUUACAUCGUAGAAAACCAGAAAAUAUUCACCUCUGACACAUCUUGUCUAUUUCAGCCUAAAACAAAACAAUGUCCGCGUGUGACCCCCCAUCACAGUUUGCAUACAGCCACCAGUUUUUACCAGUUCAACCGAAGACAAAAUCGGAUUUUUUCUUGUUUUGUUUGAAUGAUUUUUUAUUUAUUGAUUUCCGAUAAAACAAAAGCUGCAGAUCUUCACAGGAGGGAGGCUCAAAGCCGAGAUGGAGAAUAGUUGGAGUUUUCAUUUGAAAAAUCACUCUGGAGGAAAGACUGACACCCGAGGGGAGGAGGCUGUCAGAGCAGCGUGCUAUCGGGCGACCACAUACUUUUGGCCACGUAGUGUAGACUGUAUCUCUAUGUUUGUCUCCAGGUGAAGAGCUUGUAUAGUUUUGUUUUCUUUUUAUAUGAUGCAGUGCACAUGUGCCUCAGGACUUUAGCUUUAAUAUUUACUGCCUUUGGAGUCACAUCAUUAAAGGACCAUUCCUGUG